GGAAACAACCUCAGGACAGGACGGACGCAAAAAAACACAGAGGAGGGAAGGAACAACGGCUACACAAAGUCAGCAGUACUACAAAGAUCCUGGAUCACUUUUUGGACUGACAUAGAAAGUCAUAUUACUGCAGGAACGUGAGGGAGCCUGAGCUGCUACUUGGCAGCUCCAAAAACAAUGGCAGAGUGCACGCAGGACGUCGACCCCCCCAAGGUGACCCAGAAUCCGCAAACUGACCUAAAGGACUCUGUGGCAGGGGUCAAAGUCAGACCCGCGGACCUGGGGCUGAUUCGAAGCUUGUCCAAGUCGGACUCUGACUUGUUGGCGUCACCACUCGGAGAGGAGGACGGAGGUCUGUCUGGCCGCAGUGGGUCCGUGUCCAACUGCAGCUCUGGGCAGCCGUCCAUGGAGCGCAUGCCUUCCUUCGCCUCUGAGUGGGAUGAGAUUGAGAAGAUCAUGAACUUGAUUGGAGCAGGCAUUGAAACGUCCACAAAGAAACAGCCCACGCCAAGCUCAGAUGGGGCCUGUGGUAAAGCCCUGGACCAGCCGGUCGGAGAGUGGCUGGAGCACGUGGGGCUGCCGCAGUACGAGAGCAAGUUCCUGCUCAAUGGCUUCGACGACCUACGGUUCAUGGGAAGUAACGUGAUGGAGGACCAGGAUCUCAGAGACAUCGGGAUCACUGACCCAGGACACAGAAAGAAAAUCCUCCAUGCGGCACGCAGCUUGCCGAAGGUAAAAGCACUGGGCUGUGAUGGCAGCACAUCCCUUGUCUCCUGGCUGGACGGCCUCGGCCUGCAUGAGUAUCUGCCCAACUUUCUGUCAAGUGGCUACCGCACACUGGAGUGUGUUAAGAACCUGUGGGAGCUGGAGAUUGUCAAUGUUAUUAAGAUUGGAGCCCUGGGCCACAGGAAGAGGAUCAUCGCCUCUCUAGCAGAGAGACCGUAUGAAGAGGCUCCAUCAAAGUCCCGUCGUCUGUCUCCGAUAAUGUUCCAUGACCUCCUGUCCCAGAACACGUCUCCCCUCAGUCAGAUGGACCCCUACACCAGUCGCUCCAUGGACAUGCUCCUGCCUUUGACCGAGUCGGACCGGAGGCGGAGAGGAGCCGACCAAGACUGUAGCGUUUCCCUGCGUUCAUAUAGCGAGAGGCCGCGCUCUGUAGACAGACAGAGUGAACGACACAAAGACUCUCGUUUAAACCUCCGGCCGCCGAGCCAGUCUGCUACCUACGCCACGGUGUCCGCCUGGCAUCACCAGCCCGAGAAGCUCAUCCUGGACUCCUGCGGAUACGAGGCAACCUACCUAGGAUCAAUGAUAAUCAGGGAUCUACGAGGGAUCGAGUCCACACAAGAGGCCUGUGCUAAAAUUAGGAAAUCUAAGGAUUCAAGAAAGGGUCCAGUUGUUAUACUGUCCAUUACCUAUAGAGGGGUCAAGUUCAUCGAUGCAGCCACGAAGACUAUAGUUGCGGAGCACGAGAUCAGGAACAUCUCGUGCGCCGCCCAAGACCCUGAUGACCUCUGCACUUUUGCUUACAUUACCAAGGAUCUGAAGAGUGGCCACCACUUCUGUCAUGUCUUCAGCACUGUGGAAGUGACACAGACCUACGAGAUCAUCCUCACACUGGGACAGGCAUUCGAGGUGGCCUAUCAGAUGGCAAUGCAGGCGAGGGCGAGACACUAUGUCCCGCCUACAUCUCUGAGCUCAGAGGUCAUAGAGACCAAAGCCAGCCGUCCUGUGUCCCAGUCAUGGAGCAGCAUGCGGAGAUCAGCAAUCGACCCCCUGGAGAUGGACGCAGACAUGCAGUCCCUGGGCAGCACCACCUGGCUCUUGGACCAGCGGGACUCCCACAGGCGCCCCGUCAGCACCAAGUACGAGACCACCAUAUUCUGAGGCUGGAUC